AUGGCAACAACCGCAGCGACGCUCUCUACCCCCGAGGCAUGGCGCUCGGUACAGUCUCUGGUCCUCGAAGCAUGGCUCUCCGCCUUUCAACUUUGGGAUCUUCUCGUCUGCGUGCCGGCCGAAGUCAGGCAUCUCUACUGGCCCGAGCUUGCGCGUUGGGUGCGCAGAGGUCAGCGUCCGUCGCUCGGCAGCAUCUUGUGAGUCCGAGUGGUGCAAAGUGUGGUUCUGCAGACGCUUGCGUUGAUCUGAUGACGCGCAACCGACCCGGCCCAGCCUGCUCAAUACUCGACUCUUGACGCUGCCAAUCAUUGCCAUGAGCGCCUACUCGUUGGGUCAGCCGCACAAAUGCCAAGUCAGCUGGAGCGUCUGGUUCACCCUCACCGGUCUCGCCCAUACCAAUUCUGCCGCCAUUUUUGCCGUCAGGACCAUCGUGAGUUGUGCCUGCCUGCCUACUUGCCUGCCUGCCUUGCGCGGAUGUGUAUGUGUGCGUGCGAGCGCGCGCGCGCGCGCGUUGACCUUCUUCCCCUCCUCCUCCUCCACAGGCCAUUCGCUCGGCAGGACUGGUGCUCAAAACGAUUCUCUGGAUCAGUGUGCUCGCUGUGGCAGGCGCUAAUUUGUGGUGGGCACAGACGCUGCAUCUGGCUCAGGCACCAGCCACUGUGCCGAUCGCGCCAACGUGCAGCGUGCUGCCAGAUCAAGUCUCGCUCGCAUUGUGGCUGCCAGACGCAGUGAUACUCGCAUUCGACACGCUCGUGCUCCUACUCACGCUCCACAAGGCCAUCGAAGUGUUGCGUCCGUACGGACUUUCGCUUCAGGGGCUACAAGACUAUCGCCACUCGAGCUCCCACCUCACAAGAUACUUUUUCGCCUCUGCCAUCGGAUGGUACCUCAUCAGCAUGUGCAUCCUCGUAGCCGAAGUAGCCUGGGCGAAUACGCACCCCAGAACCGACAUUUACCAAGGCUUGUUCAUCCCCUUGUGAGUGGGGCCUGCCAUCGUCUCUGUGAGCAUGUGUUGAGCCUCGCUGGCUCGCUCGCGCUGACCCUUGCCAGCUUGUCAGCCACGUCUGGACUUCCGUCACCAUCGCACCGCGCGUGCUGAGAGAGAUGAAGCUGCGUCAAGCGCAUGAGCAGCACUCGCUCCCUCAACCUUGCGUACAUCCUCCUGUCUGCAAGAGGUGCGGCGGUGGAUCAUCGGAUAACUCUAGCAGCAAUUUGCCAUCACUGUCACCCCGACAGCGCUUCGAACAAGAUGGCGGCCACGCGCCAUGCGCUUCACAUUCCCGUCUCAAGACAGCCGUCACCACCGACUCGACGGCGUCGCUGCCGACCUUACCUCGCGCUGCACCGCCUCGCGCCGGACGACACGCUCGAGACACUUGGGACAGGGACACGACGCUCAGCAUCCUCGAUUUGUACCAAGAUGUGCCAUCGCCAUCACCAGCAUUCGUGCGCAAUGGUAACGCAGUUGCAAUUAAGCUCGAGCGAUAG